UCUCGGGGUCCCUGGUAGUCAGACACAUCACAGCGAAUGGAGACAGCUUGCCCCUCUACAUGUACCAGAGGACCAACUGGAACCUUCACCACACGGCCCUCACAGACCAACACUGAGAGAAGAAGAGAAGAUAUCUCAGGUUUGGGCUAUCUGCUUGCAGUAAACAUAUUUACACCCGAACUAGCCCCUGGAUCACUUCACAGCCCUACAUUGAGAUAAUCUCCAGAGUUUCAGGCUCAUACAAAUGCACAAAAGCCAGUUUGGACUGACCGUUUACCUGGAACAGCUGAGAGAAAUAAGAAAGUGAAUGAAAAAUGAGAACACUCUGGGAAGUAUUUCAUCUUUUCGUCUGUGUAAUAUUAUCACGAUUCAAUGCUGUAACUUCUGUCACCUUUGUUGAGAAUGGGAAUAAUUUGACUUUAAAUCCAAAUAUAAGUGGAAAGCCUGAAGACAUUUUGUGGACAUUCAAUGAAAACAAGGUGGCCGAAUAUGAUUUGAAUGAAUUUAAAGCGUAUGGACAAUUCAAAGGAAGAUCAUGGAUUGAAAUCACUACUGGGCAGCUCAUUGUUCGUCACAUGACAAGCCAGGACAGUGGUAUUUAUAGGUCUGAAAUACAGAUAGAUGGAAAGUAUCAAAAGUCUGAAAAUGAAGUUCAAGUUAUUGAUGCUUUGCAGGAGCCAGUUGUGACCUGUAAACUGAUGACAGAAUCAAAAACACUGUUCUGUUCAGCUUCAUCUAAUUCCACAAUAUCCUUUGAAUGGACUGGAUCAAAUUCUAUACAACACUCUAAGCAAGAGCUUAAUAUCAGCAAGGAGGAGAAGCCUGAUGCAGUCUUUACUUGCACUGUGAAAAAUGAAGUUAGCCAAAAGAACACUAGCUUCACUCUGAAAGACUGCAACACAGAUGAUCCACAAUCAGAUAUGAAUACCAUGCUAUCAUUAGUCAUCAUCGGUGCUAUUAUCUUGGGGAUUGCAGCUGUUUUCAUUUAUUUAAUUCACAAAAAAAUAAACAAAGGUAAAACAUAGGUGCUCAUUACAUCAAAAUAUAAAUAUGACAUGAC